AUGAAGGCACUGCCUUUAGCGAUUUCCGCACUUGCGGUUAAGGGAUCGCAUCUGCGGUCUCUCUUCUGCGAGAGAACGUCCGCAUCUGCGGAGUUGGGCUGGGCUAGCUGGGACCGCUUAUGCGGUCUGGGGGCCACUCCUGCGUCAAGGUACAUUGUCACUGAAGAUUUUGCUGCGCUGUGCACGUCAAAACCUUCAAAAACUCCGUUAGCUUUGCCGGGAAAAUCAUCCCCAACGUCAUCUCCGGUGAAUUUCCGGAUGUGUGCUACUUUACGCCGUAUGCGCAUCAAUUACAAGGUGGGUCAUUUUACCCUGUUUCCAACAUCCUUGCACACUUCACAACUGCUAGUUUUACACUUCCUCACACCACCACACAAAGUCCUAAACCCUAAAGUUACCAGCUUUUCUACUGAAAGCUCAUAUUGCAGUUCAAAUUCAUUAAAUUCUGAAAAUGGAUUUGAUUUUCUUGAACAGUUUUCCCCUUUUAAGAAUUUAGCAAACUCUUCUACUUACACUGUCAUUACCUCAAAUGAGAGGCGUAAAAUUGUUGUGGGGUUAUCAAGAAUGAUAAAAAAUGAAAAAGGUUACAUUUUGGAAGCAUUUUCAAGAGAUUUUUGCCCAUCUUUUUUGGUAAAAAUUAUGAAGUUGAUUGGUAAUAGGGAAGUUGCAUUUGCAUUCUUUAAGUAUGUUUUUCAAGAUUAUUCUGAGAGUACAGUGAAGUCAUGUUGUAUUAGUGCGCAUUUAUUGGCUGCUGGACAGUUGAGGCUAUUGGCACAGGAUAUGAUAUCUUGGAUCAUUAGGAGGAUUGGAAAAUGUAGGAGUGACGAGAUUGUGGAGUUCAUGUGGAGGGAGCAUUAUAAGUAUGAGUGUGACUUUUCGGUUCUUGAUUCAUUAAUGCGGGCUUUUUUAACCGCAGAAAUGGUUUCGGCUGCAUUAGAUAUUUUGAGUAAGAUGAGAGACUGUGGGUUGUGGCCGAGUUCUUCAGCUAUCGGCAUCUUAUUUAAGUUGUUGCUUAGGAUUGGUGAUUAUGGUAGUGUCUGGAAGUUAUUUCGGGAUAUGUUGCAUAAAGGGCCUCAUCCUACUAACAAUCUCUUUAAUGUAAUGAUUCUUGGAUAUUGUAGAAAAGGCAGUCUUCGAACGGGAGAGAGUUUAUGUCAUCUCAUGAGGAAGUUUGGAUGUGAGCCAGAUGUUUUUACAUAUAAUAUUUUGAUCAAUGCAUACUGUAUUAGAGGAUGGACUUCAGAUGCAUUGCACUGGGUGCAUAUGAUGAUUGAUCAUGGAUGUAAUCCAAGUAUCUCUACCUUUAGUACGGUAAUUAAUGCCUUAUGCAAAGAAGGCAACAUGAUGGAAGCCAGAAAAGUGUUUGAUGGAAUGCAAGAGGUGGGUGUCUUUCCUAGCACCAUCACAUAUAAUGCUUUGAUGGAUGGCUACGUUAAAGCACGGGAAAUUUAUCAAGCAAAUAUGCUAUAUGAAGAAAUGAAAAAGAAGGGUGUAGUUCCAGAUGCUAUAACUCUUAACAUUUUGGUGGCAGGUCACUAUAAGUAUGGUAGGGAAGAGGAUGGCGACCGAUUAUUAUGGGACCUAACAGUGACAGGACUUUUUCCAGAUUGUUUAUUCUCUGAUGUAUCAAUUGCAGGAUUGUGUUGGGCAGGAAGGUUGAACGAGGCUGUAACAUUGUUGGAUAGUAUGCUUGAGAAGGGGAUACCUGUUAGUGUAAUAGCUUUUAAUUCCAUUAUUGCUGCUUACAGCAAAGAAGGGUUAGAAGAAAAAGCAUUUGAAGUCUAUAAUAUUAUGGUUCAGUUUGGUCAGACUCCUUCAGCUUCCACGUGUGCUUCCCUUCUCAUGGGUUUGGCAACGACAGGGAGGCUGCAAGAAGCGAGAAAUUUAAUGGCUAAGAUGAUUGCAAUGUCCUUCCCUGUUAAUAGAACUGCUUUCACUGUGCUUCUGGAUGGGUAUUUUAAGAAAGGGGAUGUAAUAGGAGCUAGAAUAUUGUGGGAAGAAAUGGAAAUGAUGGGAAUCGCUCCUGAUUCUGUUGCUUUUUCUGCAUUGAUAGAUGGGCUUGCUAAAGCAGGAUCUGUUGAAGAUGCGUAUGGUGCCUUUUUCCAGAUGACUAGGAAAGGGCUUGUGCCAAAUAAUUUUGUUUAUAAUUCGCUAAUUACUGGUUUCUGUAAUAGCGGAAAACUGAAUGAAGCUCAGAAACUAGAGAGGGACAUGAGGGAUAGGGGUCUUCUCCCGGAUGUCUUUACAAUUAAUACCAUCAUCAAUGGUUUCUGCAAACAGGGAAGAAUGAGAUUAGCUGUUGACAGUUUUGUGGAAAUGCAACGAAAUGGUAUACAACCUGAUAUUGUUACAUAUAACACCUUGAUCAACGGAUUCUGCAAAGCAUUCGACAUGGUCAAUGCGGAUAACUUUAUGACAAGAAUGUAUGCCAGUGGAUGGGAACCUGAUAUCACAACCUACAAUAUAAAGCUUCAUGGUUUCUGUAGUAGUAGGAGGAUAAAUCGAGCAGUUAUGAUGUUGGAUGAGCUUGUAUCUGCUGGAGUGGUGCCAAAUACCGUUACAUAUAACACUAUGAUGAAUAGUGCUUGCAAUGACAUAUUGGACCGUGCAAUGAUUUUGGCAGCAAAGUUGCUUAAGAUGGCAUUCAUCCCAAACACAGUUACAGCUAACUUACUACUUUCUCACCUAUGGAAGCAGGGACUACCUCAGCGGGCGUUGAUGUGGGGGCAGAAGUUGCGCGAAAUUGGUUUUGAGUUUGAUGAAAUAACAUAUAAAAUUUUGGACAAUGCUUCUCACUAUAUACAAGAAAACACAGAAUGUUGUACAGAAACAACAGGAAAGAGUCUCUUUCUAGACUUCCUCAUGUACAUUACCUAUGACUACAUACGUAGAAGUAAGGCUUAUAAUGAUGAAAAUGACAGCUCUUACGAACUAGUUGAGGAUGGUCCUUGUGGGUCCUUCAAGUUAGUCAACAAGGCAAUUGUAUAGCCAAUUUGAUGAAAGAGCAAGAAACUAAAUGAUUACCAGCAUAGAAAUUUUUCUCGAUCAAUUUAUGAAAGGUGAAGGGGAACUUUUCAGCAACGGUAAAGUUGUUUCCGUGUAACCUAUAGGUUGUUCAAGCCGUGGAAUCAGCUACUGAUGCUUGAAUCAGGGUGGCUGCUUACAUCACAACCCCUUGGGGUGCGGCCCUUCCCUUGACCCUGCGUGAGUGUGUGAUGUUUUGUGCACCAAACUGCCCUUUUUUAAUUUACGAAAGGUAAACAAGCUUGGAAAGGACAACAGAAGAACCUACUGAAAGAACCAAUGUGGCUUUAGUAAGUUUAUCAGAUUCUAAAGAAGCUUGAUCAUUUAGAACCGAUGAUGCUUCCCAAUAUUGGAAUUGGAAACCACAUCAUGAAGCUGCAGUUUCUAUGGCAAUUUGCAAGAUUUGUGAACAAUGUUUGGAAUAUCAAACUGGGGCUAGCGGACAGCUUGACAAAGAUGGUGUUACGACUCCUCUAUCACCCCUCUGUGCACCUGUGGGAGAAGAGACUUAGAUGCUGCUCAAUGUCCGGUAUUUGAAUGAUGUUUCCUUGAGUUGAUAAUGAAGGUAAUGGAAAGAUAAAUUAUUCCUAUAGCUGGCGAGGGAUGUGCCUAAAGAUUUGUUCCUGAAAAGAACUGCUAUGGUGAAUGAUAAAAGAUCAAGUGCUCGGUUAUGGGAAACAUCGUGACAAAGGUUUUUUUCCAGCUGCUGAAUUGAAGUUUCGCAGACCUGGCCCAAAUAGAGCGAAAUGGAUGAUGAGGAUUCAUAUGCCGACCUCAACUAGCUAGACCUUUGUUGUUGCUGUUGUUAUUGAUUUUUUGCAAACCCGCCAACGCUGAUGGAUCUAGAUGCACAAAAGGCGUUGUCCAAACUACUGGUGAUCAGUGUCAUACUAUGUUGCGCGGACUCUCCGAAACACUGCCGCACGUAUCGGAUUCUCCAAAAAUACACUGCUUUUGGAGAACUCGAUACGUACCCGACGACAUGUUCGGAGUAUCCGAGCAACAUAGGUGCCAUAUGGUCGUUUGACCUUGGAGACUGUUGGAAUGGCUGCACAAGGUUCUUGUGCCGUAUAUAGUAUAAUGGCUAUGCAGAAUAUAGAACAUGUUCUGGAUCUUUGAGAAGCUAGAAAACUUACAGCCUAGUAGUAUCAAUCGGAUCGGUUUCGAUUCCCCUUCCCGGAUCCUUCCUUUUGAUAGAAGAAAAAAAGAGUGGUGUAAUUUGAUCAACAAAUAUACAAUGUUAGAAGUAUUUUCUUCCUUC